AAACAAACAAUUUUUACUUAUCCCCUCUCUUCCUUUUAUUUUAGCAGGCGGGUAAUUGAUGUCCACACCCUCCUCUUCCUCUUAUCUUCUUCUCUGAUCAGCAUCCUCAUCACUAAUCAUUUCCCCAUAUCUCCCCAUUCCUUCUUAUAUAUUCAACUAUAUGUAUUAUAUUUCGUCUGUUUGUUUACAUAAUCUUCACUGAGUUAAACUUUCCCUACCUGAUGGAUCUAGAGCUCAUCAAGGUCUAAUCAAAAUCAUGGAUUAGAUCUUUGUUUUGAUUCUUUUUUUUUUUUUAAAACAAAGCAAUCAACUUGUUGAAGUCCCCAGUUGUUCAGUAAUCCUACCAUAGGAGUAUCUGAAGAGGGCUUUUCUACACUGUACCAGUCAAAAACCAAAAAAAAAGGGGGAAAGAAAGGAAAAGAAAAGAAGACAGAAGUGGCCAAGAAAUGGAGUUUGACGAGCAUGAAGAGCAAGAAGAAGAAAUUGGGAUGCAUCAGAUGCAAGCUGGGAAUUAUCAAACACUCGGGAACUCAGCUGGAAGAGGAGGAGGAGGAGAAGGGGUGUCAGCUGCAACGACGGCAAGAAAAAACGGUGGUGGCGGCGGCUCUAUGGCUACUACUUCUACUACAACUUCAUACAGGUUCAGAGAAUGCUUGAAGAAUCAUGCUGUGGCCAUAGGUGGGCAUGCCGUGGACGGGUGUGGGGAGUUCAUGGCAGCUGGAGAAGAAGGAACCCUGGAAUCCCUCAAAUGUGCGGCCUGCAAUUGCCACCGCAACUUCCACAGGAAAGAAACCGAAGGCGAAGGUUUCCACCAGCCCCACCCCACACCCCACCAUCCUCAUCACCAUCAUCCCCACCAUGCCCAUCACCAGUUUUCACCAGCUUACCCUUUCCGCUCCCCCCAUCCUUCCGGCUACCUCCACGUCACUCCGCCUUCUCAUCAUCACCACCAGAGGCCCUUGCCGCUUCCCUCGACUUCGAGGGAAGACGAAGACGUGUCGAAUCCUAGUAGUAGCGGAGGAGGAGGUGGAGGGGGCAGUGGAGGAGCCGGGGGAUCGAAGAAGAGAUUUAGGACCAAGUUCACUCCGGACCAGAAGGAGAAGAUGUUGGCCUUUGCGGAAAGGCUUGGGUGGCGCAUUCAGAAGCAAGAUGAGGCUUUAGUGCAGCAGUUUUGUGCAGAAACUAAUGUGAAGCGCCACGUGCUCAAGGUUUGGAUGCACAACAAUAAACACACCCUUGAAAAUGCAACGUUUUGUGUGCAUUAAUGUGACCUGGGAUGAUGGGGAAGGAAGAGGAGGAGCAGGAGGUAGAUCAGUGAAAGAAAGAAAAUAUGUUGUUGGUGAUUGGUGUAACAGAUUAACAAAAUCUGAUUGAGGGUUGAUGAGAGGUUUAGAGAUUUUAGUUAGGUUAAGUUCUUGACCUUUUUGCUAAUUAGUACUCCUUGCUUAAUUGGCUUUCUCUCAAUUUUGCUUCUCAUCAUCCACAUUUCAAUUUUGCUUUGUAUUCAGCUUAUUUUCAGUGAUAAAAUGACUCGUGAGUUUGAGACUACUAAUUAAAUAGCAUCAUUCGGACUCAAUUCUUGCCCAAA